ACUAUAUAAACCAUAUGAUUGGGUUUGUGGCCACCAAAUUACAUCUACUACAAAUUAUCAAGUACUAUAUAGUUUUCCUUGUUUUCCAUCUUCUUGUGAUCUUCUUCAAGAUUUUACAAACUUAAUGAAGUACUAGUCUUUCUGCUCUGAGAUUUACAGCAAUGGGUUUCCGUCUGCCUGCUGUAAUUCCUGCGAAGAAGCUUCUUUGGCGAUCUUUUUCAAAUACAAACAGAGGAGCUUCAACUAAUCUAGCGGAUGUCCCAAAAGGGUAUUUUGCAGUUUAUGUUGGGGAGAGUAAAAAACAGCGAUCCAUCGUUCCUAUAUCAUUCCUCAACCAGCCUGCAUUUCAAGAGUUGCUAAGUGAGGCUGAAGAAGAAUUCGGAUUCGAUCAUCCAACAGGUGGUCUAACAAUUCCCUGCAGACAAGAUGCCUUCCUUGAUCUCAUUUCUCACUUGAAUUCAUUGUGAGGGGUGAUGGAGUGCAAUUACAUGAACAAUGUAAUCUGUUACAAUUUUGUAAAAGGGACAAUUUCUACAUUUUGUACAUUUUUUUUAGGCUCGGGGAGGGAGAAAUAUUGUACUUUUAAUUCGACUCAUAGAUUCUUUACAGUAUGAUGCUCUUGUGACCAACCAGCCAUCUUUUUUCUUCUUCUUUUAUUUGAACAUCACCAA